AUGGGUUUGUCUUGGUAUCUUGGGGUUGUUGGAUUAGUGGUUUUGGUUUCGACUGCAAGCUCCGUGCAUGGAAUGACAUGCCAGCAAGCCCUAACGGAAUUGAUCCCUUGCCGGCCUUUCCUGAUCGCUGUGGCACCCUCACCCACUGCUCCUUGCUGCACAGGUGUGUCUGACGUGAAGGCUGCAGCUAGCACCACUGAAGCACGCAGGGACCUGUGCGAAUGCUUUGAAAAGAAUGCCCCGGCUUACGGGGUUAAACCUGAGAAAGCUAAGCUGCUUCCUGGGUUGUGUGGUGUCACCGUUCCCGUGCCCAUCGACCCCUCUGUCAACUGCGCGACGUAA